UCCAGAAAGAAACGACAGCACUUCGACUUCUUCGUCUUCUCCAUACAAUACAUACACACAAUAUAAUGCUUCCUCGUCUUCUUUGAUCGCUCUAAGCCCCACCCUUCACUCUCCUUCUAUCUCUCUAUAAAUUUCUACUCCACACACAGAGGGAGUGUGGUGUGUGUUAGAGUGAGAGGGGGGAGAAGAUUUAGAUUUUUGAGUGAGAGAGAGAGGAUGGGAUCGUCGGCGAUUUUAUCGUGGUCAAUGGCAGCAUGCACGCCAGUUGCUUGUGAAAAGGAUAGCGGGAAAAUGUUUCUGGAAUGUUCUUCCGUUUUGUCGAAUCCCAAAUGCAAAUGCUCCUCAUCACCUCAUGAUUCCCGGAGUGGAAGUGUUGGCAAUAGGAAAAAAAGAAUCGUGACAAGUGUUCUUCUCAAGGCGACGCGAAGUAGCGUUAGUUCUGGGUUGUAUGCCCGGAGUUCUAAUUCGCUCUCUUCUUCCAAUUCCAAGUUUGUUGAUAAUGGCUUCUCUUCUUUGUUUGGGCCUGGAAAUGAUGCUCUUCCUGUUAUUAGACUCUGCAAAUCCAAUAGCUUUGCUCACAAAGGGGGGAUAUUGGCCACUGCUAUGCAGACUGCAAUGGAUGUUGUCACAAAGGAGAAACCUUCUACCAGAGAAAGGCGGGUGGUUGUGACUGGGUUGGGUGUUGCAUCUCCUCUUGGUCAUGAACCCAAUGAGUUUUAUGAAAACCUUCUUGAAGGUGUCAGUGGCAUUAGCGAGAUAGAAGCUUUUGAUUGUGCCCAGUAUUCAACAAGAAUUGCUGGAGAGAUCAAGUCUUUCUCUACAGAUGGUUGGGUUGUGCCUAAACUUUCAAAAAGAUUGGACAGGUUUAUGCUUUUCAUGCUUACGGCUGGGAAGAAGGCACUUGUUGAUGGUGGAAUUACAGAUGAUGUGAUGGAUGAGUUGGAUAAAAAGAGGUGUGGGGUUUUGAUUGGCUCUGCUCUGGGUGGAAUGAGGAUUUUUAGUGAUGCAAUAGAGGCGUUGCGGGUCUCCUAUAAGAAGAUGAAUCCUUUUUGUGUACCUUUUGCAACUACAAACAUGGGCUCUGCCAUUCUUUCCAUGGAUUUGGGAUGGAUGGGUCCAAAUUAUUCAAUUUCUACCGCAUGUGCUACAAGUAACUUCUGCAUUCUGAAUGCUGCUAACCACAUCAUCAGAGGUGAAGCUGAUAUGAUGCUGUCUGGUGGAUCUGAUUCAGUAAUUAUACCAACUGGAGUGGGUGGAUUUAUUGCUUGCAGGGCACUUUCUCAGAGAAACAAUGAUCCUACUAGAGCUUCACGACCUUGGGAUAGUGACCGAGAUGGGUUUGUCAUGGGUGAAGGAGCGGGAGUUCUGCUUCUGGAAGAACUUGAGCAUGCGAAGAAAAGAGGUGCAACAAUCUAUGCUGAAUUUCUCGGUGGAAGUUUCACUUCUGAUGCUCAUCACAUGACAGAACCUCACCCUGAAGGUACUGGUGUUGUCCUAUGCAUAGAGAAGGCCAUAGCUAAUUCCGGGGUAUGCAAGGAUGAUGUUAAUUAUAUAAACGCACAUGCCACAUCCACUCAGGCGGGCGAUCUCACAGAGUUCCAAGCUCUCCUCCGUUGUUUUGGCCAGAACCCAGAGUUACGGAUAAACUCUACAAAAUCUAUGAUCGGUCACCUUCUGGGCGCAGCUGGUGCUGUAGAGGCUGUAGCAACUGUUCAGGCAAUUCGGACCGGGUGGGUUCAUCCAAACAUCAAUCUUGACAAUCCAGAUGAAGGGGUGGACACAAAGGUCCUUGUGGGAUCUAAAAAGGAGCAACUGGACAUUAAGGUGGCCUUAUCUAAUUCAUUUGGAUUUGGAGGUCAUAACUCAUCUAUCUUGUUUGCACCUUACAAGUAGAGAUCCUUUUGGGAAGAUUGGCAUAUCUACUAUGGCAAUGAAGGUUAAUGCAGAUGAAUUCCAGAUUCCAUGGAAGUAGCUGUGGAUGCCAUUGGUGCCCAACCCUGGGCUAGGAGGGAAAUGUAAGUGUGUACCCAACAUUUGGUGUAACAGUUUGUGUUUGGUAUUGGUCCCCUGUUAGUUAUUUCUGUUUAUAGGAUGUGAAAAUGGUUUAUUAGAUCAGGUGAGAUGAGAUGACCCUUUAUAUAAGUUCAGAUGGAAAUAGGCCAUGUAAACAAUUUUUGUGCUCCACUAGUUCACCAAAUAUACAUAUCCAUUAUAGAAUUCUCUUCUAAAGU